AGUGAAAAGGAAAAUUUCUGUAUAUUUGGGGCUACUGGUAGGAACAAUCGACUUUGCGGUGCCGCCCUCGACCUUGCCGUGAAGGAUGGACUAGCCUCCGCGAUGAAGGACGCUUUCAGCGACUGAAGACUGUCAUUUUGUGAAAAAUUGGACUGACCCUCUUGUUCAUCUUGGCGCGGAAAAUAACACGCUUCGCCUCGAGCUGAGCCACUCUGCCGCGACGGAUUGCAGAUAUUUGCGCAACCUCCAAGAACCACUUCUCUCUGCCACACGAAGGCAUGGACGGCGGCGUAAGCAACGCAGCGAUUAUCGAAGACCGGGUAGUGAGGUCCUCGGUUCCGGACCAGCCUCUGCCGGAAGCUGACUACGCGACUUACCUGAGGUCUGUCUGGGGCCAAUUUACACAUCACACGGCGCUGAUAAAUGGCGACACAGGAGAGAGCUGCACGUAUGGAGAGCUUGAGGAUGCCAGCACCCGUGUCGCCGCUGGCCUGGCCAGCCUCGGCUUCAGGCCAGGUGACAUGGCUGGCAUCCACUGCGAGACCAGCCUGGAUGCCAUGAUUGCUUUCUACGGCACUGCGUUCGCCGGUGGAUCUGUGGUUUUAGCCAAAGCGAGCCUCGCAGCACGUGAAGUAAACUACGAUUUCCAGGAAACGAAGCCUUGUAUUGUAUUUUGCGAUGAACAAAACGCAGACAAGGCAGAGGAAGCCUGCAAGACAGUACCCAGUGUUAAGAUGCUCGUGGUUUUUGGCCAGCGCGAAGGCAUGAUUCCCUUCUCAAGGCUACGGCAAAGUCCGCGGGCGGCUUCCCUCCCCAGUGUGAAACCGGAAAGCCUACUGGCGGUCGUCUUCUCGAGCGGCACCACGGGACUCCCGAAGGCUGCCAUGCUGUCCCAAAGAAACGCUGUCGCCCAAUUAUUCGGCUCCAGUAUUGACAACUCACACGUCAUUCUCAGCCACGAUGUGCUGAUCGGAGCAGCGCCGUUUACGCACGUGUCGGGGCUGCUUUUCAAUCAUGCUGUGUUUGCAAGUGGGGCCUGCCUGGUGUUCGUCAAAAGCUCCGAGCCAUGUGAUAUUUUGCCAGCGAUAGAAAAAUACAAGGGUACAGCCAUGUUCCAGUUUCCAACCAUUCUCCAGAAGAUUGUUAGAAGUCCCCUGAUCGAGCGAUAUGAUGUGAGCAGCAUCAAGAAAGUCUACGUCGGUGGAAGUGCUACGCCGUCCGUGAUAGUUGAAGAGACCCUUCACAGGUUCAAUCUGGAUCACUUUGGGCAAGUGUACAGCAUGUCCGAGAGCUUUGGAUCUGGAAUGAUAUCUCAUCACAACCACAAAGAUCAUGAGACAGUUGGUAGACCGACGCUCUUGACGAAGGUGAAGGUCGUUGACGUCAACACGGGUGAGAAACUGGGUCCCAAGCAAACAGGGGAAAUAUGCAUCAAGAGCCCUGCCUGUAUCAGUCGGUACAUGAACAACAGUGAGGCCACGGCCAAUCUUUAUGACAAAGAGGGCUUUUUGCGGACAGGCGACAUCGGCUACUACAACGAGUCCGGCGAGUUCUACAUUGUGGACCGCAUUAAGGAUAUGUUCAAGUGCAUGGACCGGCAGGUGGCCCCUUCAGAGAUUGAGGAAGUGCUGACGCAGCACGAGGCCGUUAAGGAGGCAGCUGUGGUGGGCGUCCCUCACGUCGAGUAUGGCGAGGCACCCAGGGCGUUCGUCGUGCUCAAACCUGGAUACGCGCCGAACGAGGCCACUGCCGCUGAUCUCGAAGCACUUGUUUCUGCUCAUACCGCCCCACAGAAGCACCUGCAUGGCGGCGUGGAAUUUCUAUCGACCAUACCGAAGUCUGACACUGGCAAGUACCUGCGAAAGGAACUUCGAAACGCCUACCUUCAACGCCAGGCAGCUCGCGGCCUUUGACAUCAUUCUGAUGUAACCAGUGCGAAAGCUCAUGUCGGAUGAAAGGAGCCAUCCAGACUUCAAACAAUACAAUUUACAUGCUAUUGAAGUCACAACAUGUGGCUUUGUCUAACAGCGAUAUGGGAUACAUACAAAUGACGCAUUACAAUUUACAUGACACCUCUUGCACACAUCGAUCUCAAUAGUAUCACUGCAGAACUGCCACCCUUAACAAAUGUGGUAGAUAAUGACGUAAUUGUUGCGUAACAAAACUUCAAGAUCGGUCUCAAUAAAAAUUUACGAAGUUUGAAUGUGUUCCAAAGUUUAGAUCAGACGUCACGUUUCAAGUAUUGUUUGCUUGCACGGGCACUUACUGCCCCUCCUGAAAUGGUACGGCAAAAAGUUUUUGUGUGUGAGGUAAACGAUGCUUCUACCUCUAAACACGCAAAAUAAAAUAUUCCUUCUAAUGCCAUACACCUCGUGUGCACUAAAGGUAAAGGCAUUGGGGAUGGCAGACUAGUGAAAAAAAAAAGUACUGCAUAGUUUCGUUUUGUUGCAAUACGUGUACAGUGAAGUGUAAAGUAUCGUACAGUAUAGAUUGCGAAAGUUUAUACAUUAGAUCAUGAAAUAAUCGAAUUCUUAAAGCAGGAGCAAAAUAUUAUGUAGGGUAUGCAUAUAGGUUAAACUGGAAGUAAUUAGAAAAAAAACAGUUGUGGAGCAAGAAGUGCUCAUGAAUGCAACUGCAUUAGCACGAAGAACGAUGUGUUCAUCUGGAAAUCAUAGUGCAAAGAAAUAGCUACUCUGAAAUCAUAUCACUCUUUUCAUGGUACCUUCGAAAUAAACGAUAUUUUUUCUAAUAAAA